AUGUUUUCACUCUCCCUUAUUUCUAGCUUGAUACUCAGUUUAUUGCAGGCAUCAGACGAGUCCUACGAUGAUUCGAGAGGCUCAACAAACCUGCUACUGAUAUUGGGACUGGGCGCUUUGGCCGUGCUAAUUAUCAUCGUCAUCAUUGCUCUUGUCCCGAUCUUGAUUAAAUAUCGCCAGAAGCGACGCAAGAAACGGCUUGAAAAGACGUGGGAUCAACGUGUAAAGCAGGCAGGAGAGGAAUUGGAAAGACAAAAGAAAGAAAAAGAAAAGAAGGAAGCAAAAAGUAAAGGAGAAAGCUCACAAGAGUCGUCUACACCGAAUCCUUCCCCUGGUGGAAGAGAUCCAUAUGAAGCAUUUGUAUCCAAAAUGGGGCAUCUGGAUGAGAAAGGUGCAGGGCUUUAAAUGGAAGUGAUUUAGGCUAUAACGAAACAAGAGCAUCGCUUCUGUACCGGUAGUUAUGGUUUUACACGAACAGGGUACAGAAAGUAUCGCCUAUCAAACCCAUCAUUUUGGUACGCUGAUGUGAAUUCUCCAUUGCGUGUGUUCUGCGAAAUUUUUGACGACUCACCUCCCAAAGAACACGAAAAAAUAGAAAGAGGAAAUGUGCGAGAUACUAAUAUAGCAUCUGUAAUAAAAGGAACAGCUACAUGUUAUUGCAAUACUUCAAUUAUAUGCGCUACCCAAAAAGACACAUUCAAGGAUUAUAUCUCUAAGGCCGGUAGAACAGAAAAAAGAGUUUUGCGACGUUUCCUAAAAUCAGAUGUUCCUGAAGCGGUAGAUGAGUUGCAUAAAUUCAUGGCUACUAGUCUACCGGAAACCACGAUCGAACCAACUCCGUCCGCUGGAGUAGAAGCAGUCAAUGAGAGUGCAAAUCCAGAAGGUUCAAAUCAGGAAGGACAGCACUCAGAUGCGAAUGCGGUACGUGUUGGAAUUACCGUAACUUGUACAUCACGACGGGAACAGAACUCUGCAAGCUAG